AUGACCACCGGCCUCACCUUCCUCGUCACACUUUUCCUUCCCUUUCCCCCAACCACAAUCACCAAUCGUAUACAUCCAUCCUGGCUGGUCCAACCUUCCAUCACGCCAAUACUUUUGACGAAUUUGGGAACGAAGAACGCUGAACUCUCAUCAAAGAGAGGACAGAGGAACCUCACAGAUUUCGUCAGGAUCACUACGGUCACGGACGCCGAGUCCGUCAUUCCUCCUCCUCCUCCGUCCCCAGGAAACUCCAAGCCAGUGUCUCUCGAUAUGGUGUCUCCGUCGGUGGCCAUGGACGCCCACUCUGCCAUUGCUCCCCCUCCUCCGUCCGCCAGGAAUUCGUACCCGGUGCCUGUUGAUCUGAUGUCUCCCACGGAUGACAAAAGCAUACAAUCGAAGCGCGAGCAUAUAGUCCACACCAGCCUGGAGUGA